AUUGUCAGUGCUCGUCAUAUACAGUAUGUCAUACAAAUGGCAUCACAAUUUUCCGAAAAUCGCAAGGGAAGCCGGAUUUACUAUCCGUGAGCUGUCGGUAGGACAUUGCAUCGAUUGGCGGUUUAUAGCAUCCAUCGAUCCCUAUGGCAUUGUGGGUGACAAAGAUUACGAAAAACUGGACGAAUUCAUUCCACACAUAUCCGAAGUCCCUAUUGGAAACGUGUUAAGCAACCGAAUUCUCGAUCCAGCGAUUGGGAAGUACUUUGUUCUUGCUCAGUUUAGCAUACAGUAUCUUUUGUUCUGCAAACAGUUUCUGGACGAAACAGUGUUGGAAAUUAGAAACACCAUACAAACAUUACAGGAUGAAAAUGUGCGACUCGAAAAAAUGAACAAGAAGCGUAGCGAGGAGGUGACACAGCUCCAGAGAAAGCUACAACGUGCCGAAACCAUGGAACAUCAUCAGCACGCGCAGCCAAUUUAUCCAUGCACAAAGUGUACGAAAAAUUUCAUCAGCUUAGAACUGUUGAAUGCGCACAUGGUACGGAAGCAUGCCAGCAAUGUUCAGCGAACGGCAGAGCCAACAUUCGAGCGUAAACCCGCUACUACCGAUACCAACUUGAUAAACACCAUAAAACUCGAGCUGGAAGUGAAACAACUGAAGGAGCGGCUAAAUGCCACCGAGAAGGACCUUCACCUCCAUCGCAGCAAGCACCAUCGCUGUCGGGUUUGCUCGGAAGAUAGCAGCAGUGCGACCGAUAGACCACCGGCCAAAGUACUCCACAGUGUGGCAAUACAAAGCAACCUGACGGAUGAUAAAGAUUCAAACGACGAGAAGGUGGCCCAAACUCAGACAGAAACCAUGCCACAGUCGGAAGAAUCCGCUACUGAUGAGCAACGAAAGGAACGAGCGCCAGCCGGUGACUUUAUAUCGAAAUCCGAUCUUCAAUCGUUUUUGGAAGAGCAAAGGCGUCUUUUCGAAAGUUGGAAAACGGGGGAAAGACAAACGCUUAACCAGGAAAUUGAAACCGUGAAAAGAAAUCUGGUGGAUGUCAUUCAAACGAUCGAAAAGUCCGAACGAAAUACUCCCACACCGGUGGUGGUAGACGAGAGUGGCGGUAUCUGGAAGGAACGGUAUCAUGAGUUGGAAAAGAUUUACGAAACCAGUCAAAGGCAGGCCCAGGAAGCGAUCGUGUCGUUCGAGAAGGUUUACACACAAAAAGUGGAGCAGCUGGAAAAACUGCUCCGGGAAGCACGUGCCAUAGAGCGUAAAGAAAUUCAAAAUGAUAGCAGCACUGGACACACAGACCUUGGCACGCCACAUAGCUUGACUCAUUUAAAAACAGUCACUCUUCCAACGGUUGUCAUAGAAAGUGUAUCCGUAGCCGAGGAUCCUGUGCAGCAGAAGGAAGACUACGUUAAACAUAACACGCAAACGAUCUCCUCCGAGUCCGAACAAACGGAAAGUGAUGAAGAACUUGAAACCAACACCAACGUCGAAACCCUCAAGACACGCCACACACAGCUGGUCGUGAAAAGUUCACCCUUGGUAGAAAUAUCGCAAAAACCAUCGCAGGUCACAGAAUCCAAGCCGCAAGCGCAAUCUUCCAGCCAAGCUUUACUCAUUUCGCCCAAAAAACAAAUUUUGAGCCAGUUUCGAGCACGCUUGAAAGCGAUCGGAGUUGAUCCGAGAUCGAAGCAACUGUUUGGCGAAAAUUUAAAUGCCGCUUGCAAAGCUUUAGCGGACCGGCGGGAUGUGCAAAAACAAAAGCACGGUCACUUUUUCGUUACCCGUAACCAACUGCUUUCCAGGGUUGAGCAAUUGGCACGUGCUAAAAUUGGAGACGGUUCUCAGACGAAGGAAUCGGGCCAAAUGAAAACGACGGCACAUGAUAAACCCAUCGUCAUGGGCAGAGAGAAACAUUUCCCUUCCGCUAGGGGGCCCGUGAUCAAACCUCGCCUGAAAACAUCUUCUGCGAUGGAGUUACUUCCUUCGAAGCAAAAGCUACAUCUUCCGGACACUGGGGCAGUGCAACAUCAUGCCGAUAUGAACGUGUUCAAAAGCAAAGCUAUCUUUACGGGCGGAUCCAGCGCGCCACCAUACAGACCGACCAUAAAGCUUACCGAUGACGACAUUAUUACGGUACAUGCAGAUGUGACGGCUAUGUCCGGACAGGAAGAGUUAACCAUCACGCCGAACCCAGCGCCGAAGCGCGCCUCCAUUUCCAGCUACGAUCAGCAGGUAGAACGGUUGCUGCACACACCCAUUAAAACGAUACAACCGGCAGCAAAGACGCCCGACCGCAUGCAAGAAUCAACGGUGGAGGAAACCAUCCCUUCCAGCAACAAUGAAACAAUUGACAGUGUUUCAACACUCAAACCGAUCCCCAAGAAACGUGUGUUAUUUAAUCUGGACAAGGAAGAUUAUACCAGAACCGUUGCCGCAUCCGUAGUAAGUGCAGGACAACCCGGGCCCGUAGCAGAGGAAUAUGCACGAUCACAUCAAAAACCUACGGUACAUUCGGUAUCGAAGGUGGACGACGAAUCCGAUUGGAACAUUAGCAGCUUCGAUGAAGACAAAUAAUAGCACAAAAAAGGUACGCAAUAAAGCGUUUUUUGCAUGUUGUUUAUAAUUUUCUAUUCUCUCGUUUGCAUCUCGUUCGAUUGUUACCGGUCGGUUGGAAAUUACUUUCCUCAGUACAUCUUUCUUCCAACUUGAUAUCACGUGGUUUCAGUAGCUUUCACUUCCGCUCUGUUUCUUACGCCUUCUCGUCCGAGGCCUGGGUGGCACCCGACGCAACCGACUGGCCAUCGUCGACUGGUGCAUCCUGGCACGGUAGCGACGGGAACUUCUGGUACAGGGCAGCGCGAUACUUCGGAUGGCUGAUGCCGUACACGAUCGGGUUGUAGACGGCGUUGGCCUUGGCGAACAGCGAGCCCCAGAUGGUAGCCAGCGGGCUGAUCGGGGCAGCCUUGAAGAUUCCGGUGAAGUUGAUGACCAGAUACGGCGUCCAGGCCAUGAACCAGAGCGAGAUGGUGACCAGGGCGACCUUGGCCAGCUUCAUCUCGGUGCUGGUGUUCUGGGCUUCCUGCGUACGCAGCGAGGCGACGUUCAUCUUCUUGGCCUGCUCGCGCAUGUUCUUCUCGUGAGCGGACACAGCCUUCAGGAUGAAGGUGUACGAGUAGAUGAUGGUCAGCAGCGGCAGCCAGUACACGAAGAUGGCGUAGAUGAUGAUGUACGAGCGGCUCAGCCACGUCUGGGUCAGGUAGUCGGUUCCGCAGGCGGUCAUGUUGCCCUCCGGCACGUAUCGGUUCCAUCCGAACAGCGGGGCCAGAGUCCAGAACAGCGCGAACACCCACACGCCCAGAAUGCGCAGCAGGGCACCGUUGUUGGUCAUCGGCUUGCCCGCGAGACCCUUCACGAUGACGUUGUAACGGUCAAAGGCAAUCAUCGUCAUGGUCCAGAUCGAGGCACAGCCGAACAGCGAUCCCAGCAUGGCGUACAG